UAUAAAUUGUGUCCAAGAAUUGGGUAAAUGUAAAUCUAAAUUUGAAGCUGCGUUGUCACUUUUCAUUUGACGUUCACCUAUCAAAGGUCAGAUAAAAAUGACGAAAGACUAUUACAAGAUACUUGGAAUAAACGAGAACGCCACAGACGAUGAAAUAAAGAAGGCGUACCGUAAAUUGGCUUUAAAAUAUCACCCCGACAAAAACAAGAGUCCCCAGGCCGAAGAGAAAUUCAAAGAAGUCGCCGAAGCGUACGAGGUCCUGUCAGAUAAGAAGAAACGUGAUAUUUACGAUAAAUAUGGUGAGGACGGACUGAAAGGGGGAACAAGCGGUGGACCUAACUUCGGUGAGAGCUUCACGUACACUUUCCACGGCGACCCCCGCGCCACAUUCGCUCAGUUCUUCGGUACCUCCAACCCCUUCGAAACGUUGUUCAAAUUUGAAUCGGAUUUUGGAUCGGAUGACGAGGAAGAUCCGUUUCACAUGUUCAGUUUUUCAACUAACAUGAAACCGGUGGCUCCCAAACAGCAGAACCCUCCGGUGGAGCACGAGAUCUUCGUCUCCCUGGAGGACAUUUCAACGGGAUGCACCAAACAUUUGAAAAUAACCAGGAAAAGACACCAGAAAAAUAAUAGUUUUAGAGAGGAAUCGAAGAUGCUGACGGUCAACAUAAAACCCGGAUGGAAGUCGGGCACCAAAAUUACCUUUCCGAGGGAAGGAGACGAAUAUCCUAACGCGGUGGCGUCCGACGUAAUCUUCAUUAUACGUGACAAGCCCCAUUCAAUUUUCAAACGUGAAGGAAGCGACAUAAAAUACACCGCUACUGUAAGCCUUAAAGAUGCCCUGUGUGGUUGCGUCGUGGACAUUCCCAUUUUGGGUGGCGGCACUACCACAUUAAAUUUGACCCACGAUGUCAUUAUGCCGGACACUGUGAAACGCAUUUUGGGGUUCGGUUUGCCUUUUCCUAAAGAACCGUCGACCAAAGGUGAUCUGAUUUUGAACUUUAAAAUUAUCUUUCCCACUGACUUAAGUUCAUGGCAAAAGAAGCAGCUUUUCAAAAUACUGCCGUGAGUCUCCAUCACUUGUAAUUAUUCCAAUAAAAUUUGUUAUAAAAUUAUCUGAUUUUUAUUA